AUGAAAGUGAAAAGUGAAAGUGAAGUCGCUCAGUCGUGUCCGACUAUUAGCGACCCCAUGGACUGCAGCCUACCAGGCUCCUCGGCCCAUGGGAUUUUCCAGGCAAGAGUACUGGAGUGGGGUGCCAUUGCCUUCUCUAAACUAAGUGCUAAAGAUGGAACAAAAAAAGAAAAGGCCUUAUUGCCAAGUUGUUCACUAAGAGACUCAGAUACACUUAACAUGAGCUGUAAUGGAGGUAUGUACUCCAGGAAAGGAGGCAGGCCAACUCAACAAGUCAUUCUCCAAAGCCAGUUCACCGAAGUUCAUUUGUCAGAUGAUCAGAGAGAAUGGGAGAAGGCCAUGGCAACUCACUCCAGUACUCUUGCCUGGAAAAUCCCAUGGACGGAGGAGCCUUUUGCAGCUACACUCACAGUGAUAAACUGGAAAAGUGAAGCAAGAUGCCCAAAAACCACAACAGUGGCAUGGAAGAAUGCAGAUGUAGACAGCUAG